UUCAUUUUUUUUCUUUGCAAGCACUGACUCCUAACUAGUGAAUUCAUGAUCACAUGACCGUGGAUAUGGACGCAGUCCUAUCCGACUUUGUCCGUUCCACUGGAGCUGAACCAGGUUUGGCCAGAGACCUUUUAGAAGGCAAGAAUUGGGAUUUCACUGCUGCACUCAGUGACUUUGAGCAGCUGCGAGAGGUGCAUGCUGGGAAUCUGAGCUAUUCAUUCACUGGGGAGAGGACAUAUCAACCUUCUGAAAAGGACAUGGCUAGGAUAGGACGUCCUCUACUCCACCGCCAAGACGAAGUGGUACAAGCAGCAACUGAAAAGCGUUUAUCAAGGGGUAUUUCCCAUGCAAGCUCAACCAUUGUUUCACUGGCCCGCUCCCAUGUGUCGAGCACUGGCAGUACGAGCAGUGAACUCCUCCUGGACACACCUCUGUGCACUUUCCAACUACCGGACCUCACAGUGUACAGGGAUGAUUUUCGUGGCUUCAUUGAGAGGGACCUCAUUGAGCAGUCAAUGAUGGUGGCCUUGGAACAUGCUGGCAGACUGAACUGGUGGACAAAAGUAGUUCCCAACUGUCAGAGUCUGCUUCCUCUGGCAACAAGUGGAGAUGGAAAUUGCCUAUUACAUGCAGCCUCACUUGGUAUGUGGGGCUUUCAUGACCGGGACUUGAUGUUGCGGAAGUCCCUUUAUGCACUGAUGGAUCACGGGUUCGAAAGGGAUGCACUGAAGCGAAGGUGGAGGUGGCAGCAGACCCAGCAAAAUAAAGAGUCUGGGCUGCUUUAUACUGAGGAGGAGUGGCAGAAGGAGUGGAAUGAACUGCUGAAGCUGGCCUCCAGUGAGCCAAGAAUACACUACAGCACCAACGGGGUGGAUCCCUCAGAUGAGCCAGUGUAUGAGAGCUUAGAGGAAUUCCAUGUUUUUGUUUUGGCCCAUGUCCUCAGAAGGCCUGUAGUCGUGGUGGCCGACACCAUGCUGAGAGACUCUGGAGGAGAAGCAUUUGCUCCCAUCCCAUUCGGAGGAAUCUACCUACCGCUGGAAGUGCCACCUGCGAAGUGCCAUCGCUCGCCCCUGGUACUGGCAUAUGACCAGGCACACUUUUCUGCCCUGGUUUCCAUGGAACAGAAGGACAGCAAUAAAGAGCAAGCAGUGGUCAUCCCUCUUGCUGACUCUGAGCACAAAAUGCUACCUCUUCACUUUGCUGUGGACCCUGGAAAAGAAUGGGAGUGGGGGAAGCACGACACAGACAAUGUGAUGCUGGCAAGUGUUGCUCUUUCUUUGGAGGCCAAACUUCAGAUGUUGCACAGCUACAUGACUGUCACUUGGCUGCCUCUGCCCUGUGAGCAAGCUCCCUUGGCCCAGCCUGAAUCUCCUACAGCAUCAGCAGGUGAGGACACCCGCACGCCUCCUGACUCUGGAGAGUCAGACAAGGAAUCGGUCAGCAGCAGUUCCAAUGGCAAUGGUGAAACUACUACAGUGUCAUCAGUAAGCGGAGGAGUGUUGGCCAAGAAUAGCUCCUCCUCAUCUUCUAGCUCCUCCAGCAAUGGAUCAGUAGGAACAGGAACAACAGGCAAAGAAAAAACUAAGAAGGAAAAGGACAAGGAUAAAGACAAGAAGAGAGCAGACUCUGUGGCGAAUAAACUUGGCAGUUUUGGUAAAAACUUGGGUAGUAAGCUUAAGAAAAAUGUGGGUGGACUGAUGACAGGAAAAAAUGUUGGAACUGGAGGUACCAAGCAGGAGGGUGGGGAAAAAAAGAAGGGUUCCUUUAGGGGUAGGAAGGGUAGUAAGGAUAGCUCACCUUCAGCCCAGGCCUCAGAGGAUUCUGGAAAAGGCUCCCCCUCCUCAGGUAGUGAGCAUCUCAGUGGGACAGGGAGCAGCACCAGCAGCAGUGGUGGGAGCAGUACUGAUAGUGAUCCAUACAAGUACAGUGCCGAUGUCAAGGCAAGCCUGGCAAUUAUGCGCUCUGCCAUGCAAGGUGAGAGGAAAUCCAUCUUUGCUAGCGUACUCACUACGAGCAACCGGCAGCCCUUCCAGGAGGAGAUGAUCCAUCGUUACCUUGCUGAUGCAGAGGAGCGCUUCCAGGCCGAGCAAGAACAACAGCGUCGAGAUGCAGAGAGGAAAAGCCUUACUAAUGGCAUCCUCCCACCCAAAAAGGAAACUGGUGGAAUUACAGAGUUUGGUUAUCGACCAUUUGAGCUCAAAGAGGACCUGCCAGAGAUCUCAUCACCUUCGUAUAACCAAUCAAAAUCCUCUUCCUUGAGCCCAUCUAUGUACUCUGCUGUUGUUCCCAUCCCUCGACCCACCAUCAUAGAACACUCACCUGUUUCCCACCUCAGUCAGCAUCUUCAUAUGCAUGGCUAUAUGGAGUCUCGGCGGCAUCUAGCUGGUAGCUCCCCUGCAACCUCGUACCCCGGCCUCCCUUCAUAUGCUACUCUACCCCGGCACUGUCCUACAACACAAGGUCCGUCACAUCCUCAGUACAUUUCACAAGGCCCAGCUUCUCUGAGUCCCUCUCACCUUACCCCCUCUUAUCCCCCUGAAUUUGACCCACCAGAUUACCCCGUGUCUGAUCCAGCUGCUGGAAGCUACAGCAGUGGCUUCCAGGACACAUGCUCAAGUCUAGACUCUCGAAGUGGGCCGCCACCAGUCAGACACUACUCGCUAGGCAGUGCAGGUGGUCUUGGAAGCCUGCAAUCCACUCACUGUCGGACACCCAAUUGCACCUACUACGGUCACCCUGAGACAGGCAACUAUUGCUCUUGCUGCUACCGUGAAGAGCUGAAGAAGAGAGAGACGGAAGCUGCCAUCCAGAGGUUCUGAGUAGACCUUGCCAUAGCUUGAAUUCGCUGAGUGGCCUUUUUCAAUAGAAACAAUACAGACCAAUGAAGGGACAAAGAGAGAGGCUCACCUAGCCUCUUCACAUGGAAUAGGCGACCUCAGAAAUGGACUCAAAAGCAGCGCCCAGUGACAGUGAAAUCUGACUGUAAGGUUACAUGUUAAACCAUAGAAUUAAAUAACUGCACUUGCGUUAUAUUUUGUUGUGGAUCUUAUGCUGCGUGUUUGUGUGUGAGCACGUGAGCUGCAGGCUCUCCUUUGUCAGAGUUUAACGCCUUGCUACUGUCUCCUCCUAGUGGAGAGAAUAUAAAUGACAGGCACAGUACUUAAUGCUCGUCAACACCCAGUUAUACACACAACUCUAAAUUUACAGCUAACUUAAACUUUGCAUGUCCAACUCAUACAUGACUGUGCAAAUUUUAUCAGUUGCUUACAGUACAGUAAUACACUGGCCUCGUGUGCAGUACUAUGCAAAGGAUUUAGGCACAUUUAAUAUGCAUAACUU